AUGCUGCGGCUGGUGGUGGAGUCUGCCAAAAUUGACCCACCUCUAACUCCCAUGCCAAGGCCCUGUGUGACCUUCUAUUUCAGAGAUGUCAAGAAGAGAACCUCAGAAGCAGAAGGGAACAACCCCGUAUGGAAUGAGACAAUUGUCUGGCACCUUGGGAACGACCCCUUGCAAAAGGACUCUUUCCUACAAGUCAUCCUUCGGAACAAAGCUUCAAUUAAGACAGAAAGAUUCAUUGGCAAGGCCACAAUAUUGCUCAGCGACUUGGUAAAGAAACCACACAAGGCUCUUUUCCUGAAAGAUCUGCCCCUGCUCAACCAGUACAUGACAGUAUCAAAAUGUACUAUCACCUUACACGUGGCUUAUGUGGUCAAGUGGCAUUUUGAGAAAAGAGAGAACGAAGACUUUCUGGGCUUAGCCACUCGCGAAGUAGCCAAGCAGUAUCUGAUGUUCCCUGGUUCCUCCAUGCCAAAGGCCCUGUCCUCUAAACCACAGCAUUUUCAGGUUCGAGUGAGGAUAUUUGAAGCCCGACAGCUCUUAGGUAACAAUCUCAGGCCAUUGGUGAAAGUAGUCAUCGGAAACCAGGAAUUCUACACACACAUCAAGAUGGGAAGCAACCCUUUCUUCAAUGAGAUCUUUUUCCACAAUUUCUAUCAAGUUCCUGCAAAUUUCUUCGAUGAGCCCAUAUUGAUCCAGGUGAUGAAUUCUUCAAUGUUGAGAUUCCAGUCAGAGAUCGGGAGAUUUCAAACAGAUGUCGGGUUUAUCUACAAUUCUCCAGGUCACAUGCUCUUGAGGAAAUGGCUAGGCCUAUGCCAUCCUGAUAAGCUCUACUCUGGUUUGCAAGGUUACCUGAAGGUUACCAUCUGUGCCCUUGGCAUAGGAGAUCAGGCCAUGGUAGAUCAAAGGAUGCUCUUUGGGGCUGAUCGCACUGACCCUAAGAUCUUCAGCUCAUCAGUGACACCAAUUAACCUCCUCUACCUAGAGUUCCUGAUUUACUGCGCAGAAGACCUGCAUCUCACAGCUGGCCAGUUAGUGAGUCCUAUGUUGGAGGUGGAAAUGUUUGGGGAAAAGCUCACAACAAGGAUGCUGAAGGAAACAGAGAAUCCCAUAUGGAACCAAAUCCUUAUCUUCCAGGUUCAGAUGCCCUGUCACACUAGCUACAUCAAGUUCAGAGUCCUGGACUGCUCCCAAAACAAGUCAGAGAAUGAAAUCGGGUCUGUGAGACUGCUUCUCAAUCAGAUUUCCUCCACAGGAGCAGAGCUAGAAGGAUUGUACUCUGGCUUCUUACCCUGCUUUGGUCCCAGUUUCCUGAUUCUCCAUGGAGGUGAAAAGGCCUCUUUCAGGAUUGAGGAAGAAGGCCCUGCUAUACCCAGCUCUGUAAAGGAUGGGUUGGCUUAUCGAGGUCGAAUCUUCUUAGAGAUAAUAACACGAGAGAUGGCUCAACAAAACCCUCUCAUGAAUGAUAUCUCCUACAGUGUGACCUGCAUUGAGAAACAAGAGAACCGCCAAAAGUAUGGACUAUGUGUCAUCUUCCUCUCCUGUACCAUGAUGCCUGACUUUAAGGACCUGAUCCAAUUCGAGGUCACCAUCGGUCACUAUGGAAACAAGAUGGACUUGAGCUACAAGCCUCUAGUCUCAACCACACAGUACAGUCCAGUGAUCUAUGACGGAUCCAGCUAUCACUAUGUGCCCUGGUACAACACCAAGCCAGUGGUGGCAGUGACCUCUUUCUGGGAGGAUGACAGCUUCCGGAUGAGCACUCUCAACGUCCUCUACUUCUUGCGGGACCGCCUGAAAACCAAUCUGAACAUCCUGAAAUCCAUAAGGAACCCUAAAGACCCAGAACUGCUCUCCCAGUGGAAGAAAUUGCUGGCUGAGUUAGAGGAGGACUGCAAGCACCCACUGCCCCGUGAGAGCUAUUACUCCAAAGUCAGUGAGCUAGACAAGAAGAGAGGGCAGCUCCGUAGCCUCCUCCUGCAUGAGCUGGCACAGAAGACCAAGAUGGCCCAGCCUAGGGACAUGGUGGCCACAGUGGAGGGCUGGCUCUUCCGUCUCAACAGCGUGCUCCCAGAGCCCCAGAAAAGCAUCCCCGACGUGAUGAUCUGGCUGGUGGCCAAGGAGCAGCGCGUAGCCUUUGCACAAGUGCCUGCCCACCAAAUCCUCUUCGCCCCAGCAGGGACCCGGCGCUCUGGCAGGUUUUGUGGGAAGACACAGAACAUUUUUCUUCAGUACCCUGAGGGUAUAGGACAGAGGGAUACGAUGCCAGGCUACCUCCGAGUCUGCAUGUGGCUGGGCAACGUGAAGGACAGCCAAAACCUGCAGCUGCUACACAAAGGCGAAGUGGUCGUGUACGCGGAGACGUACGAGAACGAGGCCAAGUUCAAAGAAAAGUGGGGGCAAGUAGGACUGUACCAGUGUCCCAACUUCUCAGAUGUCCUGGGCACAAUGCCUCUGCCCAAAGGGAAUUUCAAGACACCUCAGGGAUGGCGCUGGCAGGGGCAGUGGAGAGUGGAACCUCAGAGGAGACUUCUCCUCGACAUAGACAUCAACAAGAGCCAGGUGGUGGAGGAAGUGUAUGAAAACCAGCAUCGAGAUAUCACAGGGGCCUGGGUACCUGCAACUGUCUCCAACACAGAUGUGAAUGGACAGCCUGUGGAGACUUGGCAGGACAUGAAAUGCCCAGAAGGCUGGUACAUAAAGAAGAACUGGACGGUGGAGCUGAACCAUGCAGUGGACAAUGAGGGCUGGGAGUAUGGAGUGGGGGUCCCACCGUCUGGCCAGCCUCGUAUCUGGAACGCAGUGGAGAAGACCUACUACUCCUGCCGCCGGCGCCGCUGGGCCCGGGUGCGCCUCCGGGACCACAGAAAGCUGAGCCCUGAAGAGGAGACACUGUCCUUCCUGCAGCUAGUGAGGCUUCCCAACCCAGAAGAGGACUGGGAAUAUAGCAACGUCGUGGGCUCUAAGUACCAGCUGAAUCCUCAGCCUGAGAGCCGCUUCCGCCGUCGCUGCUGGCAUCGCAGGAUGGUGCCCAAGGAGAAAUCGACCGUUGCACCUAUCUUCCUGCUGGAGGGAUCCUUGGCUUUGGAUCUGAACGAAAUUAUUAAAGAAGAGAACAUAGUGACAGAGACCAGCUUUUCCAGAAAGCGCCAGACUUCCAUUAAAUCUGACCCAGAGUUUGCUCAUUUAGUUAACCUGCCCUUCAUCUACUGUGUCUUCGACAAGCCCAACUACUACCAGCUUUUCUGCUAUAUCUACCAGGCCAGGAGCCUCAUCUCCACCCACAUCCUGACCUUCCAAGGGCCCUUCAUCAGGGCGAUCUUCCUCAACCACAGCCAGUGCACACAGACAUUGAACAGCUGCACUGCUCCCACAUGGGCUCAGACACUCAUCUUCCAGCACCUGCUACUGUAUGAGAGCCCCCAGGACACUCAGGAGAGUCCCCCGCUUGUGAUCCUGGAGCUAUGGCAGCACGACUCUCAGGGCAGAGAGAGCUUGUGGGGACGGAGCAUGUGCGCCCCAAAGGUUUGGCUGAACUUCCAAAACAGGAUCCUGUCUCCCAUGAGGUGGCAUCCACUCAUCAACCAGCUAGGGGAGGAAGAGGGCGAGAUUCUGGCCUCCUGUGAGCUGUUCCUGGAGACAGAGAAACUCAAACAGAAACUUCCCAUCUUCAACAUUUCCUGGAAGAAUGGGGUCUACUCUCUGCCAAAGAACAUCCAGCCUGUGAUGAAGAAGAUGGUCAUUGAGAUCCUGGCCUGGGGCCUCCGGAAACUGAAGCGCGUACACUCCCCCCAGCUCUUUGUGGAGUGCUGGCAAGAGACGUUGCAGACCCAGCCCAUCCCCAACUUCCAAGCCAACCCCAACUUCAAUGAGCCUAUCCUCUUCCUCAUGCUGUUUAUGCCCAUGGAGGAGUCCUACAUGACGCCGCUCAUGCUGAAGGUACUCGAUGUCCAGAAGUAUGGCCAGCGCACUGUGGUGGGUCAGGCCAGCAUCAGUUCCCUUCAGCCCUACAUCUGUGACCCCUGGGCUUCUGACUAUGUGCCUCCCAAACUCCCAGUACUGUCUGUGAAGAAGCUGACGCUCCUUGGUUACUUCUGUGAGAAGUUUUGGUACAAGGACAGGAAAGCCCAGGACAACACCGAAUAUGACGUGGACUGGUGGAGCAAGCUGUUCUGGGCUACAGGGAUUGAGCAGAAGGCCCAAGAAUACAAGUUCAAAGAUUACUUUGCCCUUCAGGUGUAUGACUGCGAGUUAGAGGCGGUGCCUGGUUUCCAGGGCCUGCAAGAUUUCUGCCAGACCUUCAAACUUUACCAGGAGCAACCCAAGGCAGACAGCCCUGCUGUGGGAGAAUUUAAGGGCCUGUUCUGUAUCUAUCCCUUUCCUGAGGACCCCAAUGUCCCCAAGCCCCCGCGCCAGCUCCGAUUCCAGCCCGACAAGGAGGAUUUCCCUCAGGAGUGCCUGGUGCGGGUAUACAUCAUUCGGGCCAUCAACCUGCAGCCCCAGGAUUUCAACGGCCUGUGUGACCCUUAUGUGGUCCUGAAACUGGGAAAGAAGAGAAUAAGCACACGGGACAGAUACAAGCCUAACACUCUGGACCCCAUCUUUGGCAUGAUGUUUGAGCUGAGCUGCAUCAUCCCCCUGGAGAAAGACCUGAAGAUCAAGUUGUAUGAUUACGACCUGUUUUCCCCUGAUGAUAAGAUCGGAACCACUGUCAUCGACUUGGAAAACAGACUCCUGUCUGGCUUUGGAGCUCAUUGUGGACUUCCCAAAUCCUACUGCCAGUCAGGGCCCUUCCCGUGGCGAGAUCAGGUGCCCCCCACUACCCUCUUAGAACAGCACGCCAGGCGGAAGGGGCUGUCCCGGCCUGAGUUCAAUGUGGAAGAUGACAGUGUACUUUACAAUGGGAUAAAGUUCCACCUGCAGCACUUUGAGCCCAAGACCCCUAAUCUGCCAUAUCUGGGGCCAAAGAAAGAACGCCUUGCCCUGCACCUCCUGAACCUGCAGGGACUGGUCCCCGAGCAUGUGGAGACCCGCACACUGUACAGUGAGAGUCAGCCAGGUAUUGAUCAGGGAAAGGUGCAGAUGUGGGUAGAUCUCUUCCCCAAGAAGCUUGGGCCUCCUGGCCCUCCUGUCAUCAUCAGUCCCAGAACUGCCAGGAGGUAUGAGCUGCGCUGCAUUAUCUGGAAAACGGCUGACAUAGAGCUGCAGGACACCAGCAUAAGCACCGACAAGAUGAGUGACAUCUAUGUCAAAGGGUGGUUAUUUGAGCUUGAGAAGGACAUGCAGAGGACAGAUAUCCACUACCAAUCUAUAACUGGGACCGCUUACUUCAACUGGCGCUUCAUCUUCACCUUGGACUACCUGCCAGAGGAGCAAAUGUGCAUCCUGAGCGAAAAGGAUUAUAUUUGGAGCCUGGACCCCACAUUACACAAAUUCCCAGCCCGACUCAUCAUCCAGGUCUGGGACAAUGAUUUCUUCUCCUCUGAUGACUUCCUAGGGAUUCUGGAGCUGAAUCUCUCCAACAUGCCAUUCCCAGCCAAGCAUAGCAGGCAGUGUUCCAUCAAGAUGCUGAAAGAGAACCCCAAGUGGCCCUACUUUCAGUCCAAGCAUUUUUCCCUUUUUAAGAAGAAGAUUGUGACAGGAUGGUGGCCUUGCCAAAUCAUGGAAGAUGACAAAUGGCAUAUGUCGGGUAAAAUAAAGAUGACACUGGAGUUGUUGACAGAGAAGGAUGCUUUACUCAAGCCUGUGGGCCGAGGCCAGUCAGAACCCAACCAGUACCCUACACUCUAUCCUCCCAUACGGACUUCCACCAUACUCAAAUGGCUUCAGACACCUUUUCAAAGUGCCGGUUAUAUUUUAUGGAGACGCUACCGAUACAAAUUCCUUAUCAUCUUAGUCCUAUUGAUUUUAGGGCUUUUGAUAUUCAAUUUCAUCUAUUCUGCUCCGAACUAUUUGGCUAUGAACUGGAUCAAACCUGAAAUUCGGAUGAUUAGUUCCAGUAACCUAGAAAAUGGUGUGGUCAUCAAAGAAUCUCCCCCAACCUCUGCGGCCAGCAUAUGA